UUGACCCUCUCGGCGUACCGGUCCUCAGAAAUCAAUCUCUCCUACAUUCCUCGUUCCUUCGUUCUUUACCUCCUCAAAUCGUACCGGCUGUAUCUCGGUCGUAUCGGCCCGCUCCUAACCCGAAACUUCAUGGCCGAAACCCCGUCACAGGCGCCGACGGAGCGAGUGCCCGACACUGACGCCCCACAGUACUGGUGCUACCAGUGCGAGAAACGCGUCGCCAUCGAAACCCUACCCAACCUCCCGGACGUCAUCUGCAACGAGUGCAAGAACGGCUUCGUCGAAUCCAUCGCUGCCACGUCACGCCCUUCGUCGGCUCCACCCUCGGGAUCCUCAGAUCAGGUCGACGAUCCGUCUCACGGCGCACAGUUCUUUGAGCUCCUCCGCCUGAUGACGCAGGUCACGCGUGACGGCGACGUGCCUCCCCCUCUGCCCCGUGACCACUCCCCCGGCGAGGAUUUUCUGAGGAUCGAGAUCGAUGGAUGGGACAACGAUGACGAAGAGGACGAUGAUCCGAACAAUACGGAGUUUCAGAAUCAAGGGGAAGAGGAAGGAAACGUACAGGAUGCGGAAGACAAUCGAUUUGAGAACGAAGAACAGGAGAGUCAGGAUCAGCGAGAAAGAGAUGAAGACGAAGAUGAAGAGGAUCUACUGCGGAGGCGGCGCGAUCGGCUUCGGCUUCGGAUCCGGGACUUUGUGCCCCGCGCAAGGAGCGGGCGGAACCGGAUCUUGGACUGGGCCGAGAUCCUGAUGGGCCUGGAGGAGAGCUCCAUCGAGUUUCGCCUCGAAAUGCCCGAAUCGGACCGAUACGUUGGCAAUCCCGAGGACUACGUGGACCAAGAGGGCUACGAGGCGUUGCUGCAGGCCCUUGCCGAGAACGACAUAGCCGCAAGGAGAGGGGCCCCACCGGCGGCCAAAUCGGUCGUCUCGACGUUACCGACGGUGCAGAUUGCGUCGGAGGAUCAAGCUUUGGUCUGCGCCAUAUGCAAGGACAUGGUCGGUGUCGGCGAGACGGCCACGAAAUUGCCCUGUGGGCACGAGUACCACGGCGAUUGCAUUGUGCCCUGGCUGGGUUCCCGAAAUACUUGCCCGGUUUGCCGGUUCGAGCUGCGGACCGACGAUCCCGAGUACGAGGAGGAGAGGAAGAGAGUUUCGGCGAGUGCUGGUGGAGCUUCGGGUUCCGGUUCGAGCUGAUUCGAAUCGGUAUGCUUCCUGUAAUUUUCCUGUAAUUUUUUUUUUUUUUUUUUCAUUUUAAGUUGUUGAUGAAACUUUUGGUUGUUUGCUUAUUAGUAUAUUAGAUUUGAGAUGUAUUUCCAUUUUCUUCUGAAUGUAAAUAAUAUUUAACUCAAAUGUGGUGUUGCUUAUGUUCAAUCUCAUACCUUUAUAAAUAAAUUAAGCUACGCUAGAGUUUAGUUUAA